AUGAAGAAGAAGAAACUUCAUCGUCAUGCUAAAGUUAGUCAUGGAUCUCGUCGACCAUACAUCGAUAAUGACACAUCAAUCCAGAAUGAAUCGGUGAAACAUGAUGCCGAAGCAGCUGAAAAGAAUACUGUUGAAUUGAACGGAAAAAUAGCUACCGAAAUUGAUACAUCUGAAGAUGGUGAUAGCUCACGAAGAAUUGACUUCUAUCCGUUUGCGUACUCCCUUCAUGAUGAGCAGUUAUCAAGCAGAUGCUGGUAUUGCCUUGCAAAGAUUGACACUCUUAAGCGCUGUCAUGCAUGUCGUAAAGGAAUGUUUUGUGGUCAGAAGUGCCAAACAUUAGGAUGGAAGGAUCAUCGAUCGGAAUGUAAAGCGUUCAAAACGUAUGAUGCGAUGCCCAAUAUUGAAGUACGUUUGUUGGGCAGGAUCGUUGCUCGUUAUAAGGCAAUUAAACUGGGAAAAGACAAGGAGGACAAUAAUUUUUACAAGGAUCGUACAUCCAAAAGAUCCAUUAUGGAUAUUUGGUCCCAUACGGAUCUCAUUAAACAGGAUCCUCCUGCCAUGAAGAAAUUCAACGAGAUUUAUUCUGGUCUUCUUGCAUUCUAUGGAUCGAAAGCAAUGGUUAGUAAAGAUGAAGUAUUCGAGUUGCACUGCCGAAACUAUAUCAAUCGCCACGCUAUCAGCGACUGCGGUUACACUGAGCUGCCUGAUGCUAAGGACGGGAUUUCCGGUCAGGCAAGGAUAUGCAUGGGCUUCUCAGAAAGGCUCGAAGUUCCAUCUGUAAGACCAUUCUUUUUAUCCACAACUGCAGAGGCUACUGAUGGUAUGCAUGAAAUCGGAAAAGGUUUAUAUUUGGACUUAUGUGCUUAUGAUCAUAGUUGUCGUCCAAAUACAAUAUAUACUUGUAACGGUUUUGUUGCAACAUUAAGGGGCCUUACUCCUAGCGUUGACUUACGAAAUCUCAAUUCAACUUAUUACUCGUACAUAGAUUUAAUCAAUACGACGCAACAAAGACGCAAACUAUUGAAGGAUACGUGGUACUUUGAAUGUCAUUGCACACGUUGUGAUGAUCCGAAUGAUUCUCUCCUAUCAUCUAUUCUGUGUCCAAAUUGUCCGGAGAAACGGGAAUAUUUAUGCAUAUUUGGUGAUGUACCUUACAAAGAUCGGAAUACUCAAAUAAUAACCUGUCCGAAAUGCCAUAAUAAAGUAUGUCCGGAGUAUGUUGUUGAAGCGAUAGCAGCUAUGCGUUUUAUCGAUAAAAUUGUUGAAAAUCGUGAAGUUGAGCAGAUGUCACGUGAGCAAAGCAUUAGAUUUCUGACCGAUCUGAAAAAACGUUUUAGCGAGUUAUUAUCGAAAAUAAAUGUAUUUCUAUGCAAAAUCAUCCAGCUACUAAUUCCACUGAUUGAUGUAUCAAACUAUCAACAGUUACUGGAUUUGCAUUUGGAAGCGGAAGAAUGCGUCCGCUUUUGUUUCCCAUACAAUCAUCCUGCUGUUGGCAUUCAUUAUCGCAGCAUUGCUACUUUCUACCUGAAGUGUAAACAACCGCAUCGAGCUUUGUUUUACUGUAAAAAGGCGUGUGAGAUCAUAAGAUUUACAUUGGGACAGAAGCAUCUAAUGACAAUCGAGACGGACGCCAUAUUUAAUGAUGCAUCACGUGAGGUUCAAGAAGCGAAAAAAUUUAUCUUCGGUGAAAAGCUUGGCAGUAACGCACUUUGGGAAGUCGAUGCAAAUGUAAAAGGGAACUGUAAUGGAGCAGAACAGUGUUCAGUGAACGAUAAUGUUGUAGGAGAACUUUAA